ACUCUCUUGCUCCCACCUUAAGAGUGAGUGAGGGCGGGAGUGCACCACUCACGGUACCUCCCUUUCAAUUUUUUUCUUAUCCGCGACCUUCUUUCGGUACCAAAAGAGCACGUGGUCGCAUUCCCACCCCCUCCGUGAGUGAAGUGAACGGAGCGAGCGGGUCUCUUAACAUUGGCCGUAUCACGUAACACCGAGAUGAGAUGAACACAGUUGGACGCGGAUUAACCGCUAAAGAACUACUUUGAGACUUGCGACCCCCUUGCGUACAGAGUUUGAGUGAGUAGUGGCGAAAGUGGCGCGGGAAAAAUUAUGUCCGGGAGCGAGAAAUUGUUGGUGGCCAAUCGGAGGCGCGAUAAUAAGGGAUUCGAUAAUUUCGGUUUGGAGGUGGAGAGUGACGAGGAACUAGGCGAAAGUGUACGGGUGGACAGUGCCGGUACGACCGUACGCGAAAAUGGGAAAGUUAUCAUUAAUGUGUUUCAGGCGGGGGUGUUGGAUGCGAGUGCCCAAGAAUCCGGCGUGGAAACCGGCCAUCAACCGACCGGAGCGCCGGCAUCCGAAACCCUGGACUUAUUAAAAGAUCAGCAGAGAAAAAAAUCGGAAAAACUGACGGAUGUCCAGUCGCGGUCGAUCGGUGUCGGUACAACGAGCGACGACGAUCCGGAUCCGGAAGGACCCAAGUCCGGAAAAUUCGAGAAUAAUAAUCAAAAGCAAAUUUACGUGGACGAGGGUACGGCCUUGAGGAGACGCUCGUUGGUGCCGAUGAGCAGCAUGGAGGAGGAAAACUUGAGGGAGAGAUUGAGGAUCGGACAUUUGAGGUUGUGCCAGGAGGUGGUCGGUAGGGAGCAGAGGUAUACCAGGGACGGACUGAGGAAGUUGUUGCAGUCCAAGGACCUUUUGGAGCAAAUAUUCAAACUAUUCGACCAGGACAGGAAACAAUUUUUACCGCAAGACAAUUGGAUCGAAUUCCUCAAGCAGCGGCUCAUAAACGAACACCAGAUAGAUUUCGCUGAACAGUUGGAGAGUGUGGCAUUUUGUCUUUGCGGAGAUGAACCGAUUAAAAGUCAUCAGUUUUACCAGAUUUUCAACGCCAAAGGGGUAAGCGACAAACUGUUCAGGCUGUUGGACGAGAAUAAUUUGGGAAUUGUGUCGCCCGAGCAAAUUAUGGAGUUUUUGGCCUCUAUUACCAAUUCUAGACCCAGAACAGGGAUCGACCAACAAAACCUCGCCCGUCUGGAACAACUAUUCCGUCAAACGGUCGGCACCGAAAAAGAAAUCAAGAAGGACGACUUCAAUAAAAUCGUCAACUCAAAAAACCCCUUUUUCACCGCCAGGGUGUUUCAAAUAUUCGACAAGGACGAUUCCGGAUCGAUUUCCCUGCAAGAAUUCCUGGACGCGAUGCAUCAAUUCGCAGGACAGAGUCCCGACGACAAAAUCCGUUUUAUGUUUAAGGUUUACGAUAUUGAUGGUGAUGGUCUGAUCCAGUACAGGGAAUUACAGGACGUGAUGCGCGCCUGUAUGGAAGAAAACGGGAUGCAAUUCAGCGACGAACAAAUCGAAGAUUUAACGGUCGCUUUGUUCGAGGAUGCCGAUACGAAUAGUCGGGGGGCGAUCACUUACGAGGCCCUAAAAAGUCAACUGGAGAAGCAUGGCGGCUUAUUGGAGAAUUUAUCCAUUAGUAUAGACCGCUGGCUGGUUCCGGCCCCCUUGAAACCGAUCAAAUCGACAUCGCGGCUCAGGAAAGUCCUGUCUUACCGGCCCAAUUAUCUUACCGUGCCCUAUUGGAAGAACAACAUGGUGUAUCUUACCUUUUUGUUUGGAUUUUUAUUGGUUAAUGUUGCCCUGUUUAUUUCUAGAUCUAUCCAAUACAGGCAUUCGAACUGGUUUACUAUAUUUGCCAGGGCGUGUGGACAGUGUCUGAACUUUAAUUGCGCCUUCAUACUGGUUUUAAUGCUAAGAAGGUGCAUCACCUUCCUAAGAACCCGAGGUUACGGCAGUGUACUACCUCUGGACCAGCACAUCUACUUUCACAAAAUAACCGGAUGGCUGAUCUUCGGAUACAGUUUUUGGCACUCCAUAAUGCACACCUGUAAUUUUAGUCUUUUGGUGGUGAACGAUCCGGUUUUGAACGAGAGGAACUUCACUACGUCCCAGUGGUUAUUCACCGCUAAACCGGGCCUGUUUGGACUUAUUGGUGGAUGGGCAAAUCCGACAGGCGUUGCCCUCUUUGUCAUUUUGUUGGUUAUGUUCUUGUGCUCCCAGUCGUUUGUGAGGAGAGGAGGUUGUUUUGAGGUGUUUUACUGGACCCACUUGAUGUACGUCCCCUUCUGGAUCCUGCUGCUCCUCCACGGUCCCAACUUCUGGAAAUGGUUCAUCAUUCCGGGCGUCGCUUACUUGAUCGAGCGCAUAUCCAGAGUCGACACCAUGUCCAACAAAGGGAAAACGUACAUCAGCUCAGGCCUCCUGCUGCCCUCCAAAGUGACCCAUUUGGUGAUAAAACGCCCCGCACAGUUCGAUUUCCAUCCUGGCGAUUACGUUUUCGUCAAUAUUCCCGCUAUAGCGAAAUACGAGUGGCAUCCCUUCACCAUAAGCAGCUGUCCAGAGCAAGAAGACUACAUGUGGUUGCAUAUAAGAGGAGUGGGACAAUGGACCAACCGUUUGUACGAAUACUUCGAAAAAGAACAGGAGAAACUUCAUAGCGGUGAGGUGUCUGCCGUGCAGUCUUGCGGAUCCACACCAAAACCGAGCGGUAAUGAUUCAGAGGCGAGCAGCACCCCGAAUGCUUUCAGUCAAAUUAAGGCGACGAUCACCAGGACCCUUUCGAGAACCGAUAAGACCUCUGAGGGAAAUAAAAGUCCUGGUCCCGGGGUGCAACUGGUGGGGUUUUCCAGUGAGGAUCACGAGGGCGGCGGUGAGGGUGAGACUUUAGGUGGUGUUCCAGAAAUGCCGAACAGAGGAAGAAGAAUGUCUCCCGAGCACCGUCUACAACGUCUAGUGUUCUCCAAGAGGGCUCCAUUAGAAAAAUCCUUGUCCCUCCCAGACGUACAAACCAACGCGAAAAAAAGAGAAAGAAUGCUCGCUUUAAGGGAGUACAUGCGCUCCGAAUCGGAGAAGAGUUUCGACCCGAGACAGAUGAGAAAGGCGCGACAAAAGUCCCUGGGUUUGGCCUACUUUAGUCCACAAAAUAAGAGUUUGGCUCAGAGUUUCCGGUAUAUGCGGAACAAACCCACCAUUAUCGCUUUUAAGACUCCCAGUUUGGAGAAUUGCGACCAAAGGGACUCUAGUCGUUCGUUCGCUUCUACAGUUGGGAAGCCUGAUAGUGAGUUCAGUUACUACAGUCCGGAACGUAGGGUGGAGGAGGGACAAGUUUUCCAACUGCACGACAUGACCGCCGCCGAUCCAAAGCUGAAACACAUCAACUACCCCGUAGGAAAACCUUUGGAGACAGAAGAUAGUUUGAAGAACGGAGAUUUAAAAAUUAAGUUUUUGGACCAGGCCGGUACCGAGAUUUUCCUUGAUGGUCCCUACGGAGCCCCCUCGAGCCACAUUUUUAGAGCACAACACGCGGUUCUUAUAGCAACCGGAAUCGGAGUCACCCCAUUCGCUUCCAUUCUACAGUCGAUUAUGCACAGGUAUUGGAAGGCGAGACACACUUGUCCUAAAUGCAAGUUUUCAUGGGCCUGUGACAUACCAGCCACCGUUAUGAACUUAAGAAAAGUGGAUUUUUUCUGGAUAAACAGGAACCAGCGGUCCUUCGAGUGGUUCGUGAACCUGCUUUCCCAGUUGGAAAUUGAACAAGCUGAACUGGGCGGGGCCAUGGAGAGAUUCUUGGAGAUGCACAUGUACAUCACCAGCGCUUUACAGAAAACCGAUAUGAAAGCAGUCGGGCUUCAGUUAGCUCUGGACCUGUUACACGAAAAGGAAAAGCGUGACUUAAUUACCGGCCUGAAAACCAGAACGAACGCGGGCAGACCGAACUGGGAUAAAGUUUUCAAGCAAAUUUCCGACCAGAAAAAAGGGAAAGUCACGGUUUUCUAUUGCGGACCGCCGCAAUUGGGGCGCAUUUUGCGGGUGAAAUGCGACCAGUACGGAUUUAUUUUCAGGAAAGAGAGUUUUUAAAGAAAAUUUUAGUACUUUUACUUGUAAAUAUACCCUAAUUGUAUUUUAUUGUACUUAUGUGUGUGUAAAAUGGCUUAUACUUUUGUACAUAUUUAUGUAAUUAUUAAUAUAUUUUUAAUCAACGUGAA